AUGAAAAGCAUUAUAAAAAAUAUAUCAAAUUACAUCUUUGAUAAUAAAAAUAAUAAUAAUAAUAAUAAUUUUUCAAAAUUACCAACAUAUAUUCAAAAUUCAAUUGUUUUUAAAUUAUGUCGAUUUAUAAAUUAUUAUAGUAAAAAUAAAAAUAAAUUUAAUGGUUUAGAAUAUUUUGAAAUUAAUAUUGAAUUAAAUCAAUUAAUAUUAAAGCUAUCAUUAGUUUGUAAAGAUUGGUUUCAAAUUGUUUCAAACAAUAUAAAUGUUUAUAAAAUUAAUUAUAAAUUAUUAAACACUGCUAUAUCUAAUGAUAACAUUGUCAACAUCGACAUUGAACCAUCACCAACCAAAAUAACUAAUGAUUAUUCAAUAAUUAAACUUUCAAAUUGUAAAUAUUUAAAAUGUGAAUCAAUGGAUCAAUUAAUAUCUUUUUUAUCGAAAAUCAAUUUAACUUUAAAAAUUAAUGAUAAAAAUGAACUUAUGAUUUUAAAAUCGUCACCAUCAUCAUCAUCUUCAUCAUCAUCUUCAGAUUCAGAUUCAGAUUCAGAAGGAAUGAUUAUUAUUAAAAAGAUAAUUAUAACAACAACAAAUAAAGAUAAAGAAUUAUCAUCAUCAUUAUGUUUUAAUAGGUCAACUCAUGUCAAUAUUCCAAACUAUGAGAAUGAUCCAUUAAUUGGUGGUUUUAUUAAUAAAAUUAACUUAAAAGAAUUUUCGCAACUUAGAAUAAUUGAUGAUCCCAGUCAAACAUUAAAAGUUUCUAAAAUUUAUACAAUAAAUAUAUAUUAUUGUGAAAAUAAUAAUGAAAAUAAGAUAGAAAUAUUAAAUUUUUUUAAUAAAUGGUCACAUUCAAUUAAAAACAUUACAUUUUUAAAAAUAUCUUCUAAAUCAUUUCUUUACUUAUUAUCAGGAGUUAAUGAUAAUGGUAUUAAUGAUAAUACAUUUAAUAAUGGUAUUAAUUAUUUAUCAAUAAUUGAAAGUUUAAUAACAGUUGGUAUUUUAGAUUUAACACUUGAAGAUAUUGCAUUAAUAUUAAGUUCAUCAAAUCGAUUGAAAGAAGUUUCUGUAAAUUUCUGUUUUAAGAAUUUAAUGUAUUUCUUAUCAAAUGAUCAAGAGAAAUUGAAAUAUUCAUUAUCUCCAUGUAUUAAUUGUAUAAAUAAUCAAAGAUAUAAACCAUUGAUUAAUAUUGAUUAUUCACAAAUGUCAAAUAAUAUCAAUGAAUAUGAAAAACUUGUAAAAAUAAAUUGGAAAAUAGUUUCAGAAUUGUUUAGUAAUAAUAAUAGUAGAUUACAACAUUUAAUAAUUAACCAAUUUUGUAAUAGUGUUUUACAGGAUAAAGGUGAUUUCGAAUGGCCUUCUAAUAUUGAUAAUUCAAACUUAAAUUCAUUUUCAUUUUUUAAAGAAAUUACAAAUUUAGUGGUAUCAAUUAAAUCUUUGAAAAAGUUUACACUUAAAUCAUCAAAUACUCCACAAAUAUUUAAAAAUAUAAUUAAAAGAAAUCAAAAUAUUAUUCACUUUCAUUCCAUAGUGUUUAAUACAAAUUGGGUUUAUUUAGGCUACUACUCUGAAAGAUUCAUAUUUUAUAAUUUAAUUAAAAAAUAUCCACAUAUUAAAUCAUUUAAAUUUGAUAAUUUUAAUUAUUAUUCAUCAUGGGGUGGAUAUAAAAAACAAAAUAUGAUAACUUAUAUUAAAUAA